AUGCCCCUGUGUAUAUCAUGCCCCUGUGUAUAUCAUGCCUCUGUGUAUAUGCCCCUGUGUAUAUCAUGCCCCUGUGUAUAUCAUGCCCCCUGUGUAUAUCAUGCCCCUGUGUAUAUCAUGCCCCUGUGUAUAUCAUGCCCCUGUGUAUAUCAUGCCCCUGUGUAUAUCAUGCCGCUGUGUAUAUCAUGCCGCUGUGUAUAUCAUGCCUCUGUGUAUAUCAUGCCCCUGUGUAUAUCAUGCCGCUGUGUAUAUCAUGCCGCUGUGUAUAUCAUGCCCCUGUGUAUCAAGGACCAGAAUUACAAUGCAUCGCUGCAGGUCGGAAAUUAUGGUCCCAAUGCAUUCAGUGCUAGAGAUCUGCCCCUAACAAAAAGAUCUGUCUCCAACAAAGAGAUCUGUCCCCAACAAAGAGAUCUGCCCCCCAACAAAGAGAUCUGCCCCCCAACAAAGAGAUCUGCCCCCAACAAAGAGAUUCUGCCCCCCAAAAGAGAUCUGCCCCCACAAAAAGAGAUCUGCCCCCACAAAGAGAUCUGCCCCCAACAAAAGAGAUCUGCCCCUAACAAAAAGAUCUGUCUCCAACAAAGAGAUCUGCCCCCAACAAAGAGAUCUGCCCCCAACAAAGAGAUCUGUCCCCAACAAAGAGAUCUGCCCCCAACAGAGAUCUGCCCCCAACAAAGAGAUCUGUCCCCAACAAAGAGAUCUGCCCCCAACAAAGAGAUCUGCCCCCCAACAAAGAGAUCUGCCCCCAACAAAGAGAUCUGCCCCAACAAAAGAGAUCUGCCCCCAACAAAGAGAUCUGCCCCAACAAAGAGAUCUGCCCCCACAAAGAGAUCUGGCCCCCACAAAGAGAUCUGCCCCAACAAAGAGCCCCAGAUCUCUCCCAAACAAAGAGAACAAAGAGAUCUGCCCCAACAAAGAGAUCUGCCCCAACAAAGAGUCCCCCAACAAAGAGAUCUGCCCCAACAAAGAGAUCUGCCCCCAAAAGAGAUCUGCCCCCAACAAGAGAUCUGCCCCCAACAAAGAGAUCUGCCCCCAACAAAGAGAUCUGUCCCCAACAAAGAGAUCUGCCCCAAAAAGAGAGAUCUGUCCCCAACAAAGAGAUCUGUCCCCAACAAAGAGAUCUGCCCCGACAAAGAGAUCUGCCCCCUAACAAAGAGAGAUCUGCCCCAACAAAGAGAUCUGCCCCCAACAAAGAGAUCCCUGCCCCCAACAAAGAGAUCUGAUCUGCCCCAACAAAGAGAUCUGCCCCCAACAAAGAGAUCUGCCCCCAACAAAGAGAGAGAUCUGCCCCCAACAAAGAGAUCUGCCCCCAACAAAGAGAUCUGUCCCCCAACAAAGAGAUCUGAUCCCCAACAAAGAGAGAUCUGCCCCCAACAAAGAGAUCUGCCUCCAACAAAGAGAUCUGCCCCCAACAAAGAGAUCUUCCCCAACAAAGAGAUCUGCCCCAACAGAGAUCUGCCCCAUCCCCCCAACAAAGAGAUCUGCCCCAACAAAGAGAUCUCAAAGAGAUUCCCAACAAAGAGAUCUGCUCCCAACAAAGAGAUCUGCCCCCAACAAAGAGAUCUGCCCCCAACAAAGAGAUCUGUCCCAACAAAGAGAUCUGUCCCCAACAAAGAGAUCUGCCCAAAAGAGAUCUGCCCAAGAGAUCUCUCAACAAGAGAGAUCUGCCCCCAACAAAGAUCUGCCCCAACAAAGAUCUGCCCCCCAACAUAG